CAGCGCACGGCUCUCCGCCCGCCACGCCACACGCCACCAAACCGCCGCGAUGCCGCGUGCCUCCGUCCGCCCGCCGCCGUCGGAGCAGGGCCCGAGCUCCUCCCCCUCCACCCCGGCGGCGGAUUCCUCCGUCGCGGCCCUCAUCGACCGCGCCACCUCCACCACGGCCCCCUCCGUCGACCCCGCGCUCCUCCGCGCCAUCAAGUCCUCGGCGCGCGCCUCCCACGGCGCCGUCCGCGACGCCUUCCGCCUCCUCCUCUCCCUCAUGGCCAAGCCCCACUCCCACGUACGUGCGGCUCCUGGCCUUCAGCAUCGUGGACGAGCUCUUCAUGCGCUCCAAGCUCUUCCGCUCCCUCCUCGCCGACGCGCUCGACGGAUUCGUCCCGCUGGCCGUCGGCUUCCGCACCAACGAGCAGCUCCCGCCGCCCGCCGCCUCGGCGGCCACGCUCCGGAAGGCCGCCAUCCAGGCGCUCGAGCGCUGGCACCACCUCUUCGGCGUGCACUACCGCCAGCUACGUCUCGCGGUCGAGUACCUCAAGUCGUCCGCGCGCAUCCAGUUCCCUGGUCUCCGCGCGGCCGUCGAGGCCCGUGCCGCGCGGGAGGCACGCACGCAGGAGAUCUUGACUGCCAAGGUCGAACAGUUGCGGUCCACGAUUGAAUCCAUAAAGGCUGAAAUCCGGUCCACCAUCCAAGAGAUCCGCAACGGGCUGGACAUCAUCCGGGCUGAGUAUGAGAAAUUCGAGCGUUAUGUGGACGAUGACGAGGAGGAGGAGAUUGCUUCUAUGGCGAUGCGGAGUAUCAGGACAGCAUCGUUGAUGGCCGGGCAGUGGGUGCCUGAAACUCAGGAAAACGAGGCGGUUUUUGAUGCAUUGAGGGAGGCGUACCGGCUCCUUGUAUCGAAGCAUUUCAGCACCAUUCAGGAUUGGAUAUCUGUGCUUGUUAGGGUCAAUCUUGCAGAUAAUCGCUUCAGAGAUUCUGCGCUCAAGGAAUUUAUCGAUGUUAAGAAUGAAAUACGCGCUGUAAGAGGCCAGUGCAAUGAGCUUGGUCUUGAUCUUGAUAAUGUUCGUAGGAAGAAGGAUGUUCAGGAGGAAGAUGAAGAGGAUUGGGUGGAGGGAAAGAUUGAAGUUCCUAGUCCUCCUAGAGUUGUGAGCACUCUAGAUGUUGCAGGUUCCAGCAAGGACAAUAGGAAGGGAAAGAGGAUUCUGAAUGGAGCCAAUGGUGACAUGCCAAUUUGUGGUAAUAGAUCUCAGGAGAUGGAUCCGGAGAGAAAAAAGCUCCUUUCCGAAGCCCCUUUGGUGUCAUGGAGCUCUGUCUUGGAUCGGUGGGGUUCAAAUAUGGAUGCACAUGUGAACCAGAGAGGGCUUGAGCUCGAGAGCCAUUGGGGGAGGAUGGAUAAUGAUGCUGUUAUACCUGCAGCAAAGAUUGCAGAGUUAAACGUUCACCAUUCUGUUUAUAAAGAAGAGCCAGUUGAGAUACUACCAUGUCAUGCACCUCUGAAGAAAGGAGGUCUUUGCCAGAGAAGGGAUCUCAAGAUAUGCCCUUUUCAUGGGCCCAUCAUCCCACGUGAUGCAAGAGGAAAUCCAAUUGGGAAAAUUAGUGGCAGUUCUGAUGCGGGAGGCGAUCCACUUGAGCAGAAAGUAGAAAUUCGUGAGGCAGGAGGAAAUCUGAUAAAGACAAAUGGAGGUAGUGAUAGUGAAAGUACACAGGAGGAUCAGGAGCCCUCUACUUCAAUGAUGACAAACAUAAAUAAUGACACCAGCGACAUUGACGGAGCGCAUGAUUUGAGUAAAAUUACAAUGGAACAGUUGGCGAUGCAAGCAAGUAAGAAUGUUCGGAAAAGGGGUAUGGACGACAAAGCACGCGAAAGAGCCCAGCGUGCGAGAAUCCGCCAGCACAAUGAAGAUGUUCUGCGGCAAUCGGCUAUUGCUUCAACACCCCACUCAGCGGCAGCAUAUGACCAGCCUUCUGGAACAUUGGGCCUACGUGGUCGACGUCGAGGUAAGACAAAGGAACCUACACUAUCAUCAAUGCUGAAGAAGAAAGUUACUGCAAAAGAUAGGAUUGCAGGGAGGCUUCUAAAUGGUCGUGCUAGGGACGCAACAAUAAGAGAAGCUUCUAAUACUGAGGAUAUGACCUACAGGGAAGCAUUCCCAAAUCAGUGGCAGUGAAAGCACCCUGAGUAGGUGCGGAAAAUUUCAGAAAAGGAAGUCCUAGCCAUGUGUACAGCCGGAUUGACAAUCCAAAUGGCAGUGUGGUGCCUGUAGGCUGGAUGCCUCGAUUUUGUGAAGCAGGACAAGCAGUUUGUCCUCAUCGCUGACCAUCCUUUCACGAUCAUCCAGCUUCUCUUGAGCUACACCAUGGACAUCCAUGAUUCUGAAUCGGCCUUAGCAGAUUACAUGAGGUGCCGAUAAACUGGAUGAUUGGUACCUAUGGUUUCCACUGCUAGGAAAGGGUUCCUGUUUUCUCUCUUUUCUUUUGUUCUGCUAUUUUGGUUAUGCCCUUGGCUUGUUCCGGGCAAGAAACAGGUUGACUCUAGGUUGUAUCUUCUGUGACGGAAUUAUUGUUCGCUAUCAGAUGUGUACUCUAUGCUCCAUUCUUUAGCUUGGUGCUGCCAUCUUGUGUGCAGUAUGGUUCUUAA